GGCCUCCAUCCUCCCCCCUCCCUCCUCCCCCCGGGCUCCUCCUGCAGUCUCCUCCCCUCUACACCUCGCAAUGGACGCGGCCUCGGCACACACGGAGCGGACUCUCGCACCUCUACUGCUGCUCGCAGCCACGUGGAUCAGCCAGGUGCUGGGCAGCACAGUAAACCUCAACACCGAGAACGUGGACAGCAUAUUAGGUUCCGCGGAUCUGGUGAUGGUCAACUUCUACGCGGACUGGUGCCGCUUCAGUCAGAUGCUGCACCCCGUGUUUGACGAGGCGGCCCACAUGGUGCAGCAGGAGUUCCCGGGGGACAACUCCAUCGUGUUUGCGCGCGUCGACUGUGAACUCCAAGCGGAGCUGGCACAACGGUACCGCAUCUCCAAGUACCCGACGAUGAAGGUGUUCAAGAGCGGGCGGAUGAUGCGGCGCGAGUUCCGCGGGCAGCGCUCCGCCGCCGCGCUCGCCGACUUUGUGCGCCAGCAGACGCUCGAUCCCGUGCUGCGGCUCGAAACCCUCGACCAGCUGGACGACAUCGACCGCAGCAAGAGGACGAUCGUCGGCUACUUUGAGGAGCAGGAGGGGGAGAACUACCGCACGUUCCUGCGCGUCGCACACGUCCUGCGGGAGGACUGCGUCUUCUACGCCGCCUUCGGGGACAUCUCCAAGCCCGAGCGGUUUUCGGGAGACAACAUCAUCUACCGGCCAGCAGGGGAGAAGAACCCGGACAUGGUGUUCCUGGGCACGCUCAAGAACCAGGAGCUGCUGUUCGCGUGGACGCAGGACAAGUGCGUGCCACUCGUCCGGGAGAUCACAUUCGAGAACGGAGAGGAGCUGACGGAGGAGGGGCUCCCCUUCCUCAUCCUCUUCCACAACCGCGAGGACGAGGAGACGCUCAGCCGCUUCCAGCUGGAGGUGGCGCGCCAGCUCAUCAGCGAGAAGGGGUCGAUAAACUUCCUGCACGCGGACUGCGAGAAGUUCCGCCACCCACUGCAGCACAUCAACAAGAGUCCCAAGGACUGCCCCGUGAUCGCCAUCGACAGCUUCAAGCAUAUGUACGUGUUCCCCAACGUGAACGACAUGAUGGUGCCCGGCAAGCUGAGGCAGUUUGUGCUGGACCUGCACUCGGGAAAGCUGCACCGGGAAUUCCACCACGGCCCCGACCCGACACAGGUGGUCGAGGAGCAGUUUUUGGUGGAGUCCAGUGACCCCCCAGAGAGCUCCUUCCAGAAGCUGGCCCCCAGCGACCGUCGCUACACCAUCCUCAAGAGAGACCGCGACGAGCUCUGAGACGACCCCACCGCCUCGCUCACCACCUCGCUCACCACCUCGCUCACCACCUCGCUCACCACCUCGCUCACCACCUCGCUCACCACUCGCCGCACCACUCUCCUCCUCCCUUACCUGCCGGUCACUUCACUUCAACCUGACUCACCUCUCGCUGACCUCCCGCUGUCCUUAGCCCUCGCCUGUUGCUCACCACCUCUCACCGUGCACUCGGCUUGCCCUCCUUACCCCUUCCUCACCGUCAACAAACGGCCCCGAAGCUCCCAACACCGUCACCAACACCACCCCCGUCCUCACCGCCACCCUCACCGCCACCCUCACCC